AUGGACGGAAUGGUUAUGCCAAUGAACACUCCUACGGAUCCGACUUCGACCAUUGCUACCGUUCUGGCAACGGCUGCAGUCAACACUAUUUCUGCAUUUUCUUCCGUCGAAACUAGCGCGUCAUCUGCGCAUGCUGAGGACUCGGAUUCAAUGAACAUGCAAGGAAUGGCGUCUUUCCUUCAUUUCGGCUUAGGAGACCCCUUCCUCAUAUCCUUCUUCACACCGACAACGGCGGCCAGUUAUGUUGCAAUUUGUUUCUUCUUCGCAAUGUUGACCGUUCUGCAACGAAUUCUACAAUUUUUCAUUACAAAGCUGGACCGCAAGUGGCACAUGCACUUCCGACAUGCCCAUGUGGAACCAGUACCCAAGUCCGGCAGCUGGGUGGCGACAAUGGAUGCUGACGAGUUGGACCAAACCUCGACGACAACAUUCAAUGCCCGUCUCAUUGUGAAAAUCUUGCUCCACGUUCUGAACACAGUCCUCGGCUUUCUUGUAGAUUCGGAAGCUAACGCAGGCUAUGCCAACAGCAUGCUCGUUGUCAUGACAGUCAACGCUGGAUAUAUCAUUGCCCUGCUGGUCGGAGCCAUGGUGGGGGAGCUGGCCUCAAUGUACCUCCAGCAAAGGGCGUAG